GAUUGGCUGGAUGCGCCGAUGGGCGGGACGAGCGCGCGGAGAUUGGCGGGAUGCGGCGUGGCGCGUGAUAACUCCUCGGCCUGGACACAGCUGCUUGGACCAAACAAGCCAGGAGUGCUGCCAUGUUCUCAGAGCAGGCAGCACAGAGGGCCCACACUCUGCUCUCCCCGCCCUCUGCCAGCAAUGCCACCUUUGCCCGGGUACCUGUGGCAACUUACACCAACUCCUCACAGCCCUUCCGACUGGGAGAGCGCAGCUUUAACCGGCAGUACGCCCAUAUUUAUGCCACCCGCCUCAUCCAGAUGAGACCGUUCCUGGUGAGCCGGGCACAGCAACACUGGGGCAGCCGAGUUGAAGUGAAGAAGUUGUGUGAGCUGCAGCCUGGGGAGCAGUGCUGUGUGGUGGGCACGCUGUUCAAAGCCAUGCCUCUCCAACCCUCCAUCCUGCGGGAGAUCAGCGAGGAGCACAACCUGAUCCCCCAACCUCCACGGAGCAAAUACAUCCACCCGGAUGACGAGCUGGUCUUAGAAGAUGAGCUGCAGCGUAUCAAACUGAAAGGCACCAUUGAUGUGUCAAAGCUGGUCACAGGAACGGUCUUGGCUGUGUUGGGCUCUGCGAAAGAUGACGGGAGGUUUCAGGUUGAAGACCACUGCUUUGCUGACCUGGCUCCACAGAAGCCGGUACCCCCACUUGAUACAGACAGAUUUGUGCUACUGGUAUCCGGACUGGGCCUGGGCGGCGGUGGCGGGGAGAGCCUCCUGGGCACCCAGCUGCUGGUGGACGUGGUGACAGGACAGCUUGGGGACGAAGGAGAACAGUGCAGUGCUGCCCACGUCUCUCGAGUCAUCCUCGCAGGCAACCUGCUCAGCCAUAACACCCAGAGCAGAGACUCCAUCAACAAGGCCAAAUACCUCACCAAGAAAACCCAGGCAGCUAGUGUGGAGGCAGUCAAAAUGCUGGACGAGAUCCUUCUGCAACUGAGUGCCUCGGUACCUGUGGAUGUGAUGCCAGGCGAGUUUGAUCCCACCAACUAUACACUCCCGCAGCAGCCCCUGCACCCCUGCAUGUUCCCGCUGGCCACCGCCUACUCCACACUCCAGCUGGUCACCAACCCAUACCAAGCCACCAUUGAUGGAGUAAGGUUCCUGGGGACAUCUGGACAGAACGUGAGUGAUAUCUUCCGGUAUAGCAGCAUGGAAGACCACUUAGAGAUCCUAGAGUGGACCCUGCGGGUUCGUCACAUCAGCCCCACGGCUCCAGACACCCUAGGGUGCUACCCCUUCUACAAAACCGACCCGUUCAUCUUUCCGGAAUGCCCUCAUGUCUACUUCUGUGGCAACACCCCCAGCUUUGGUUCCAGAAUCAUCCGAGGUCCUGAGGACCAGGUAGUGUUGUUAGUGGCUGUUCCUGACUUUAGCUCCACACAGACGGCCUGCCUAGUGAACCUGCGCAGCCUGGCCUGCCAGCCUAUCAGCUUUGCGGGCUUCGGGGCAGAGCAAGAGGACCUGGAGGACCUGGGGCUGGGUCCCUAGUGAGAGGCAGCGGGCUCAGGACAUCACCCGUGCAAUGCAAGCCCUGUAAAUAAAUAAAACAUGAAUUUUUCACAGGUCUGA